GCAGCAUUUUGUCCCUUUUUUCUUUGGAGCGGUGGUUUCACCCUCCCUCCUCAAGGCCGCGAGAGGAAGUUGCACCGCCGAGGCAAGAGCUGCAGAGAAACCUUUGCGAGUGCCUCCGGCGUGGGGGCGCGUUCUUCUGCGUGCGGCGCGGCGCAUCGGGGCGUCUUUGCUUUUUUUCCUUGCUUGUGCGCACGGAAGGAAGUGUCUUUUGCCGGGACUACGGCGCGAAAGGCGAUCGGUCCAGUGAGACAUGGCUCCUCCGAAGAAAGGCGACUUGAACGAGGAGGAAAGAGAAUUGCUGGAGGCCAUUGGGAAAGGUAACACAGCAGAAGCUACAAGAUUGCUAGGAAGCAAGAAUGUCCAUGUGAAUUGCUUGGAUGAGCACGGCAUGACUCCUCUUAUGCACGCAGCAUACAAAGGGAAAGUUGACGUGUGCAAACUGCUCUUGCGACAUGGAGCUGAUGUAAACUGCAAUGAACAUGAGCAUGGAUAUACUGCCUUGAUGUUUGCUGGACUUUCAGGUAACAAAGAAAUUACCUGGAUGAUGUUAGAGGCUGGAGCAGAAACAGACACCGUCAAUUCUGUGGGCAGGACAGCAGCUCAGAUGGCUGCCUUUGUGGGUCAACAUGACUGUGUCACUGUUAUCAACAAUUUUUUUCCUCGGGAAAGGCUGGACUAUUAUACGAAACCACAAGGACUAGACAAAGAACCCAAGCUGCUGGCCAAGUUGGCUGGACCUCUGCAUAAGGUCAUUACGACUACCAAUUUGCACCCUGUCAAGAUUGUGUUGCUGGUGAAGGAAAAUCCUCUUCUGGCAGAAGUUGAAGCAAUGCAAAAAUGCUACAGAGUCUUGGAUCUGAUUUGUGAGAAAUGCAUGAAGCAAAGGGAUAUGAAUGAAGUCCUGGCAGUAAAAAUGCACUACAUUAGUUGCAUUUUCCAAAAAUGUAUCCUUUUCCUUAAGGAGCGAGAGGAUAAAUUAGAUGGCUUUAUCAGAAGCCUACUAAAAGGCAGAGAUACAGAUGGCUUUCCGGUAUAUCAAGAAAAGUUCAUCAGAGAAUGUAUCCGAAAAUUUCCUUAUUGUGAAGCAACCUUGCUACAGCAGCUUGUGAGAAGCAUUGCUCCAGUUGAAAUUGGCUCUGAUCCUACAGCCUUCUCUAUACUUACACAAGCUAUUACUGGCCAAGUGGGCUUUGUAGAGGCCGAAUUUUGUACAACAUGUGGGGAAAAAGGUGCAGCCAAAAGAUGUUCCAUAUGCAAAAUGGUGAUCUACUGUGAUCAGAACUGCCAGAAAAUGCACUGGUUUACACACAAGAAGGCAUGCAAGAAGCUAAAGGAAGUCCAUGAGAAGCAGGAGUUGGAAGCUGCCAGAGAGAAAAAGCAACAAGAAAGAAAGCAAAAGAAAGAGGCAGCACAAGCAGCAGAAUCUGCUUUAACAAGUGAAGAACAAGUGAUCUCUGAAUUCGGAGAUAAUAAGGAAGUUGAACUGACGUGUGUGGGAGACAAAACAGAGAAGACGGCUCCUACCAAGGAUACAUGUGCAACAGCUUCCCAAGGUGAUGACGUCAUUGAAGAGAAGACCCAGUCAGCAGACACAGUUGUUGAAAAAGCACAAGAGUCUGAAGAAUAAGCAGUGCUUUGUGGAGGAUGGCCUCUAAAUCAUAAUGUUAUGAAACAUACCGUCUAUGGCAUGCAGUGAUAAUGUUCACUCUGACAUUUUAUGAUUCAGUGUAUGUCAACUUCCUUGUUCAAUGUAACUAUCACACCAUCCCAGAUUGUGAGAACAGGAGAUAAACCAUCUGGUUAAAAAUAUAACAACAUACCCAUCUGCUUUCAUUGCUAUAGAAAGCAUAGAAAAUUUAUUUUAAAAAAAUCUGUUCAAAAUAUAGCUAUUGGCAAUCAAAAUAAAAAAGUUUCUAUUUAAUCUGUUACAAAUUCCAACCCACUUAGGUUUUGGUGCAAUAAAAAUGUUGCCUGUUGAAGAUAUGGACAAGGUGAUUGAAAAAGUGGGUGCUUCCACUUGUCUGCUUAACCCUUGCCAUUCCUGACUGAUUAAUUCAGCCAAAUGCCUAUCGGAUUAUCUCCUGCUUGGAGAAUGGGCAUGUUGCCUCUUGUUUGAAGUAGACAGUUGAGAGACCUUUAUUAAACCUUGCUUUAUCCAAAAGAUCUGGGAAGUUAUAUGGCAGUUAUAAAAAUACACCAUUGUUGGCCAAGGUGAUUGAGAAUAUGGUGGUCUCUCAACUCCCACCUGUGUUUGGAUGAUACUUAGUAUCAGGGCCCAUGGUGAAUGUUGCCUAUAUUUGAUAAUGGUCUGGAUGUGGAUAAACAAGCUGACAUUAAAUCAAGAGAUGUGUGUGCUGUUGGUUGUUUACCAGAAUGCCUGCUUUGAAGACUGGUUUUAAUCAGUUUUGGAUGGAGUCAUGUGCUUUCCUGAAAUAAAGGUCUGUAGCACUUUUAUGAUCUUGCACAUCUGAGUUAAUCUGAUCUGGCAAUGGUCAUCAGUGCCUUGGCUACAUCAUGAGUAGACUAUUGCAAGAUGCUCUGUUUGAACCUACUUUUGAAGGGCACCAGAAAGCUGCCGUGCAAAAUGUGGCAGCAAGACAGGUAACUGACUUGCAGUAUCGUGAUCAGUUGUCACAGCUUCCAAUUGUUUUCCAGGGUCAAUUCAAAAUAUUAGUCAGCUGUAAGUGGCUUAUGUCCUGCUUAUCUCAGUCACCCAGGAAGGGGCUUGCAAGUAGUUUCCCUUCCCUCUGCCUUCAGGAACAGGCUCAAGACACAUCUUUCUAACUUGGCUUUAAAAAUUGUUACAGUUUAUAUGGUUGUUUAAAGUUUUACUAUGUUUUUAUUUGAGGCUGGUUUUUGUUUUCUGAAAUCUUGGUGAACUACCUUGCCUGGCUUCAUAAAGGUUAUAUAGAAAUACAGUAAUUAAUUAGGUAGGUGUUAGGUCAUAUCAGAUCUGAAAGCUAAAUACCUUCUGAUCUUUAAGUAGAAUUUGAAGGCAGGUCUUUGUUACUUGUCUGUUUUCAUUAAAUAAUGCUGCCAGUCUGUACUGGGAUAACUUUCUUCAACUGUCUCUCUCUAUUGAGAUUGCUUUAAGAAUCAUAGUCACAGAAUAAAUAUAUUCUCUUGAUAAUA